AUGGAUUCUGCAGAAGGUAAUUUGAAGAAAGUCUUUCGUAAUAGUGCAAAUGAGAAUGCUAGUAAUGAUGAUAAUGAUAGUGAGCAUAGUGACAGUGAGAAAAUAGGCUUCAUUCCAACAAAGGAAUAUGAAGAGAAUGGGAGUACAAGUGAUAGCGGUGAGGAGGAUGAGACCUGUGACAAAGCAGAAGCAGCCGUUAUGCGUAUGCUUAAAAAAGAAGAAGACAGAGAAAAAGAAGAUGAAGACGCAGAUUACAGUAACGCUUACAGUAUCUCAACUGAGGAAGUGACACAUCCGGCAUCACAACCUGAAGACAAGGAUUUCAGAAUUCACCAGCACAAAUGUGAUCCCAAAGGCCCUGAAAUAAGAAAACUUCUUGAAUUUCUGGAGAAGUUGAGGCUACACAUUUGGGCAUCCCUAUCAAGAGCUCAGUAUGUCAGUCUGUUAAAAGACUUUGUUGAGUCUGAAUUCUUUGUGAUAGAUGGGGAUUCCUUGCUACUUAUGUUUUUAGAUGAGAAAACACAGUAUCUAAACUUCUUCUACCAAAUUGAAUGCUUCCUGCAAGAUUUCACUGAAAAAGGAGCAAAAUACGUCAUUGUUUUUUUCAAGGAGGCAGAACAGAUGUACUUUCCAUAUCCUCAUUUUCUUUUCUUACGUACUGCAGUAAUAGAACACCUGAGGCAUAACACAGGCACCACUGUUCAUACAGAAUUUUCCAAUUGUUUAUCAUCUGAAUGGGAGAUUUUCCUGAAGAAAAGCUAUCCUUACUUCAUCAUCGUAUCUGACAUAGGACUGACCUCUCUCCAAACAGACUAUUUAUCUAUCUUAAUUGCUCACUCAUUGUCAAAGAAAAUCAAUGUUGUGCUUGCUUCAGGACAGGAGUAUGAUAUUCUUAGAGUUUACGGAUAUCAUGUUCAGAGUGUGUAUAAACACAGAUUAUUUUUUCAAAAGUAUAAACAAGAUCUGCAACAUGCCUGUGAAAAUCUAGCCAGGUACAAAGAAGCAUUCGUGUAUCUGUAUGAACAUCUCAAGCUGAGCCUGAAAAGCAUACAAAAAGAGGUUCACCAGACUGUCCAUCUGCUGAAACUACUGUGGUCUGAAGGAUCUGACAUUCGGCGUGUGGUCUGUGUUCUUUCUUGUGCCGUGGGAUUAAAAGUAUACAGUGACAUGUUGAAAAAUGCAAAUACUUCCAUGGGAGCAAAGACGAAGCAAUCUGGAAGAAGUAACCCCCUAUCCCCAGAAGAAGCAGCUGACCUUUGUAGAAUGCAGUGUCUUACAGUGGCUUUUCUUCUUCAUAUGCCUCUUUCACAGAGAAGUCAGAUGAGGAUCAUUAAGUCCUGCUGGACUAAGCAAGUUUUACCAUUAAUAAAAAUGCAACAGUUAUGUAUGAAUUUUGCUCUCACACAACUGAGAGAUACAAAUGAUUGGAAAUUGGAUUUAACCUACCUGCCUGACUUAAAUGAUGAUUCACUGCUCAUAAAUCUUGCUCAUUACUAUGAGGUCAAAUACACUGAAGGAUUAGAGUUCAAAAAGGAGUUGGGGAAAGCAAUAGAGAAUGAAUACCAGUGUUUAUGGAACACUGUAACAAAAUUGGCUGUGAAAUACAGUUUUGGAGAUGCUUUCCCAAUAAGAAAGACCUCCCAACUAUUUCUUGUAAAGGAACAGACAUUAUUUAGAGUCUAUGAAGAAGAAAUUCCUAACAUUGGACUAAUCUCAGUGAAGUCUGAUCUUGUUGAAGAAUAUGCUGGAGAUGUUUUGAGAGACCUACCUGUUCUAGAAAGCAAUGAUCCUGCAGUUACUUCACUUCUUAAAUACAAGGAAUUUGAUGAGCUUCGUCACUGGCAUUCUGGCAGACCCUUGACUGAGGAAUAUGAGCGAGUACGGUGCAAUGCUGACGCAAAAUCCAAAGAUCCAGAAGAAAGAAAACAAAUACAAAAGUUACAGACUUUCCGUCAUUUUUAUGGAAGCACUUUGGAAGACAGCACUUCAAAAACUAUUGUUCUUCAAAAGGAUGCAUCAGGGAAUGCUAAUGCUGCUGUCAAAAAGACACAAAAAAAGCAUAAAAGUAAAGCAGAAGCAAUUGCAGAGGAAAACAUCAGGCGACUGAAAAGUAAAGAAGAAAAGAAAGAGGAGGAGCAAUGGAAAGCCUUGCAUAUACCAACUGAAAAGGAAAUAAAAGCAAAUCUGACUGUUGGAAUAAAGAAAUUGGAGAAGUUUCUCAAGACCCUUAAAAGUAAAUCUGUGAAGUUCAGUGUAGAAAUGACAGCACUGUCCAUCUGUUUAGAAGUGUGGAAGGAGCACUGCAGAAAGCAAGGUAACAAAUCGAAAGAUUUAAGCAAAGCUGUUGAAGUCAUGAGGAGAAUUCAUAUCCUCCUUGAAAAAUAUCAAGAUGUCUUGGACAAAGCACAUCUACAAAAGCUGACCAGAUAUCUAAGAGUUCUUGGAUUUGAGAAUUUGGCAUGCUCUCUAUCUGGCCAGACAGGAGAAAGUGAUAAUCAGAAUAUAAGUAACUAUGCUAUUGAAGUGGGUCCAGCUCGCUUUCAGCUACAAUACAUGGAUUAUUACUUGCUUAGAGAAGAGAGAAAUGAUCCAGAUUCCCGAGUGCAACAUUUCAUACCGGAUACCUGGCAGCGAGAACUUCUUGAUGCUGUAGAUAAUAAUGAGUCUGCGGUGAUUGUCGCUCCCACUUCAUCAGGAAAAACAUAUGCAUCAUACUAUUGCAUGGAAAAAGUUCUGAAAACAAGCGAUGAUGGAGUAGUUGUGUAUGUUGCUCCUACAAAGGCCCUUGUAAACCAAGUGGUGGGAACUAUAUACAGUCGGUUCACCAAGAAACUUCCGGAUGGAUUGGUAGUGUGUGGAGUCUUCACACGAGAUUAUCGCAAUGAUGUAAUGAAUUCUCAGAUACUAGUGACAGUGCCUCAAUGUUUAGAAAUCUUGAUGCUGUCACCUUGUUGCCAGAAAUGGACCAAACGAAUACAAUAUGUUAUAUUUGAUGAGGUCCACUGUCUUGGUGGUGAAAUUGGAGCAGAGGUUUGGGAGCAUCUUCUGGUAACAAUUCGGUGUCCGUUUUUGGCACUUUCUGCUACUGUCAGUAACCCGGAACACCUAACUGAGUGGUUACAGUCUGUGAAAAGGUAUUGGCAACGUGCUGAGAAUACAAUAGGAAGAAGCUCUACAAACUCUGAAAAGAACUUUACAAGAAAAUGUAGAGUGAAAUCUAAAGUACAAGAGCAAAAGAAAUCGUAUCGUGUUAGACUAGUCUUAUAUGAAGAAAGAUACAAUGAUUUGGAAAAGUAUGUGUGUUCUUUAAAGGGCAGUGAUUUUAUCAUCGAACAUUGUCACCCCUGUGCUGCAUUAACAGUCAGUCAUAUUGAGAACUAUGGUAUUCCUUCAGAUCUUUCUCUGUCUCCAAGAGAGAACAUCCAGCUUUAUGACACAAUGGUAAAAGUCUGGCAAAAGUGGCCAAGGGCACAGGAGCUAGAUCCAGAGGAGUUUGUCUCUUUCAAGAAUAAAAUAGUAAUAAAAAAGACAGAUGUGAGGAAAUAUGAACAGGAACUGAAGAAGGAACUAAGCAAAUGGAUUGUGUUUGGCCAAAGACAGAAG